GCAGAAUUCAAAAUUCAGAAAACGAGAAAAUCAGUAGGCUUCGUGUAGAUAAAGACGAUUGCAUUUUGCUAGUACAUACUACCUCUUUUGCAUCAAGUAGAAACUUAUAAUUCUGUAGAGGAAAGUAAACAUGGAUGUCCUCAGUGUUGUCGAUCAUCUUCAUUCACUUGCUGUCAAUCCAAGAAACCGAGCCGGUAUUGUCAAGGACCAAGGGUGCUUGCCCGGGCUUGUUCUCUUUCUCGACAAUGAAGACAAGCAAGUGAUUUUAAAAGCAGUUAAGACUUUAUAUCUCCUUGCACAACACUCACCAAACAGACAAACAAUGAAAGAUGAACUUGGAAUGCUGGAGAGUCUAAAGUCGCUGUUCUCAGAGUCCAAUGCAGAGAUAAGAAAAUAUGCAAAAGAAACUCAUGAAAUUCUCACUGGAAAUCGAUCGUUAAGGAAGCAAGGUUCAGAAAGAAGCACUGCCUACUUCGGUCUUGGAACUUCAAAUGGACGCGCCAAAGUUAUUACUCUUCAGAUUCGUGGCUUGCACCAAGCGACGCGUAAAAUCUGCGAAGAGCAACUGCUUCAAGUCAAGGGAGUCAUAAGUUUUACUUUCAGCUUACCAAAAGCUCGCUGCAUUGUGCGCGUGAAGCCGACUGUUCAAGCUGAGAUACUCUGCGACAAGAUUGCUGAAACGAAGAUUAUGUCUGCACAACAGAUAAUAAAGAACGAUUCGGGCGAAGAGGUCGUGUUGUCAUUCGGCAAAGGCCCAGUUGUAAGCAAAGAGAAGGAGCAGGACCAAAGGGAAUUACCAGACUACUUACCAGAAGAUGAAGAAAAUACUGAACCUUCUGAUAAGACGAUUGCCAGGACAGGCCAAAAAACAACAUCAAAUGGCGGAUGGCUUUCAGGCUUCUCCAAUUUUAUUAGUAACUCAUUGUAUUGGUAAAACUUGUUGUGCAUUGACUCUUUGUGGUUAAAGCUAUUUUUUCAUUUCAUUUAACAAAUUGAUAUCAUUAUUUUCUGACAGACAACUUAAAUAUCUUGAAGUUUCAAAGCUAACACUCCAGUUUUAGAUAUAAAUUAAUUUUUUGAUCAAACGAAAAUUCCCGCAGUCCUUUGGAACAUUCGCGUUUUUCAAAAGAAAGCCCUUUUUAGCCCAGCGUUCAGACUUGCUUAGCUUUUUCCUUACUUCAACACUAAAGCUUUCUUAACAUAAAAUUGGAAAGUGCAUGGUGUCGUAAACCAAGUCUAGCGUCAAGUUUGAUAGAUCUUUUCACGGGCCACAACGGGCUACCAUCUUUGAUUUCUUUUCCCAUUUAAGAAUACGUUUCUUUCAGGAAUUUAGAACUAGCAAAGAUCUUCUUUUAAACCUUCCUUUAAAGCCUACUGGGUCACCUGAACCUUUUUCUUCUCGUUUAAAAAUCAAAUGAAUUAUAUUGGGGGCUAAGUAAAGAUUACCUUGAUCCCAAUUCCAGGUCUCUAGUCUGAAACUAGGAAGAGAAAUGGUAAUCUUACUUCUUCUAGCAUGUUUUGUUUUAAGAAAUUUGUUAUAUGUAUGCGUCUUUUAUAUAAAGCUUAGUUUUAUUUUAUUAUAUCUUAUCUGCUUUUUCCAUUAGCAAUUAUCUGUACAUAAUACCGUUAGUCAAAUUGCUUCAAUCGAAUUGAGAAUUAAAACGAUGAUAUUAA